CUCAGCUGCUUACAUUUGAAUAUUGAUUAUCAGUGGAGAAAUCCUUUUGUUUUUUAUAAGAGUCUUAUUAUGAAUCUACGUUCUGUAUUUACUGUAGAACAACAAAGGAUUUUACAGCGUUAUUAUGAAAAUGGAAUGACAAAUCAAAGUAAAAAUUGCUUUCAGCUCAUAUUACAGUGUGCACAGGAGACUAAGCUGGACUUCAGUGUAGUCAGGACGUGGGUUGGCAAUAAGCGAAGAAAAAUGAGUAGUAAGAACUCUGAAUCAGGAACAGCAGGAACUGUUUCUGGUACCUCAUUGGCAGCUCCAGACAUUACAGUCAGAAAUGUGGUUAAUAUUGCCCGGCCUUCAAGCCAGCAAUCUUCUUGGACUUCUACCAAUAAUGAUGUCAUUUUAACUGGUAUAUACAGUCCAGCAAGCUCAUCGAGUAAGCAAGGGACAACAAAGAAUGCAAAUACACAAAUUACAGAAGCACAUAAAAUUCCUCUUCAGAAACCAGCCAGUAAAAAUGACACUGAAUUUCAAUUGCACAUUCCUGUUCAAAGACAAGUAGCACACUGUAAAAAUGCUUCUGUGCUCCUAGGGGAAAAGACAAUUAUUUUGUCAAGACAGACAAGCGUACUAAAUGCUGGAAACUCGGUGUACAACCACACAAAGAAAAACUAUGGAAGCUCUCCAGUGCAAGCUUCUGAAAUGACAGUACCUCAAAAGCCAUCUGUGUGCCACCGACCUUGCAAAAUUGAACCAGUUGGCAUUCAAAGGUCAUAUAAACCUGAACAUGCAGGUCUGGCAUCACAUAACUUAUGUGGGCAAAAGCCAACUGUUAGAGACCCUUACUGUAGAACACAAAACUUGGAAAUUCGUGAAGUGUUUUCAUUGGCAGUCAGUGAUUACCCUCAGAGAAUUCUGGGAGGAAAUACCACACAGAAGCCUGGUUCAACAGAAGGAACUUGUUUGUCCAUUGCGAUGGAGACUGGUGAUGCAGAGGAUGAGUAUGCUAGAGAAGAAGAGCUGGCAUCAAUGGGAGCACAGAUAACAAGCUACUCAAGGUUUUAUGAAAGUGGCAAUUCUCUUCGAGCUGAGAACCAAAGUACAAGUUUGCCUGGACCAGGAAGAAACCUGCCAAAUUCACAAAUGGUGAAUAUUAGAGAUUUGUCAGACAAUGUACUGUAUCAAAAUAGAGACUACCAUUUGACACCACGGACCUCAUUGCAUACAGCACCUAGUACUAUGUACAGUAAUACUAAUCCAUCCCGGAGUAAUUUUUCUCCACAUUUUGUAUCAUCAAACCAAUUGAGGUUAUCACAAAACCAAAAUAACUACCAGAUUUCAGGAACCCUUACUGUGCCUUGGAUUACAGGAUGUUCUAGGAAAAGAGCACUCCAAGACCGUACUCAGUUCAGUGACAGAGACUUGGCUACCCUUAAGAAGUACUGGGACAAUGGUAUGACCAGCCUGGGCUCUGUAUGUAGAGAGAAGAUUGAAGCUGUUGCGACUGAAUUAAAUGUUGACUGCGAAAUAGUUCGGACUUGGAUUGGGAAUCGAAGAAGAAAAUACCGUUUAAUGGGAAUUGAAGUUCCACCUCCAAGAGGAGGCCCUGCUGAUUUCUCUGAGCAGCCUGAGACUGGUUCUUUGUCUGCACUCACACCAGGAGAGGAAACUGGCCCUGAAGUAGGAGAGGAUAAUGACAGAAAUGAUGAACUGUCCAUCUGUUUGUCCGAAGCAAGCUCUCAAGAGGAGCCCAGUGACAUCAUCCCUGAUGAGACCAGGACGCAGAAGGAUGAAGAGCACCAGGCAGUAUCUGCAGAUAAUGUGAAAAUAGAAAUUAUCGAUGAUGAAGAAAGUGAUAUGAUAAGCAAUUCUGAGGUAGAACAAGUGAAUUCUCUCCUGGAUUAUAAGAAUGAAGAAGUCAGAUUCAUUGAAAAUGAGCUUGAGAUUCAAAAGCAAAAGUACUUUAAGCUCCAGACUUUUGUUAGAAACCUGAUUCUGGCUAUGAAAGCUGAUGAUAAGGAACAACAGCAGGCACUGCUGUCAGAUUUACCUCCUGAAUUAGAAGAGAUGGAUUUCAGUCACGCCUCACCGGAUCCUGAUGAUACCUCAUUCAGUGUGUCUUCGUUAUCAGAGAAAAAUGCCUCAGACAGUUUGUGA